UGGAGGUGAACACAUCGUGUACAGUGAGGAGGGAGAUGGAAAUCUGUCUGACUUUUAUUCUUCUCUCAUCCACACUCACACUCACAGCAGCUGACAGUGUGAGGUUGGUGAAUGGUGGACGUCGCUGUGCUGGGAGAGUGGAGGUUCAUCAGGGUCAGUGGGGAACAGUGUGUGAUGAUGACUGGGAUAUGACUGAUGCUGCAGUGGUGUGUAGAGAGCUGCACUGUGGGGAGGCUGUAGAUGUGCAGAAGUUUGGACCAGGAUCAGGACCAAUCUGGAUGGAUGAUGUGGGCUGUAGUGGAUCAGAGUCGACACUGAAGGACUGUGGGUCACGAGGCUGGGGAGUGAGUAAUUGUGGUCAUCAUGAAGAUGCUGGAGUCACCUGCUCAGGUAAACUACUGACUUUAGGGAAUAAAAACAAUGAUGCUGGUCCUCAUCAGUGCUCUGGGAGAGUGGAGGUGUAUCAUGGAGGUUCCUGGUCCACAGUGUGUGAUGCUGACUUUGACCAGCAGGAUGCAGAGGUUGUGUGUCGAGACCUGGGCUGUGGGAUUCCUGUGAAGGUGCUGGGAUCAGCUGCUUUUGGCCGAGGGGAGGGUCAGGUGUGGACAGAGAAGCUUCGGUGUAUAGGAAAUGAAUCUGACAUUACCUUCUGUCCAACAAUAUCUUCACCAAAACACUCACACUGCUCCCAUGACAACGAUGUGGGAUUAAUAUGUUCUGGUCACACAGAGGCGCGGCUGGUGAACGGUUCUGACUCCUGUUCUGGUCGAGUGGGGCUCCAGUACCUCAGUGACUGGGGCACAGUUUGUGCUGUAAGCUGGAAUAUGAGAGCUGCAGAUGUUCUCUGUGCACAGCUGGAUUGUGGGAGCGCUGUGGCUGUGGUGGGGGUGGACUGGUUUGGGGAGGGGAGUGGCCACAUCUGGGCUGAUGUGUUUGAUUGUCAGGGGAAUGAGACACACCUAUCACAAUGUGGCAUCUCAUCAUGGAGUCGAGCUGCAUGCUCUCAUAAACACGAUGCUGGAGUCAUCUGUAAUAGAUCAUCCAUGGCGUUUCAUGAGGGGCGAGUGCGGUUGUCUGGAGGGAGCGAGUGUCAGGGGGAGGUGGAGAUUUAUUUCAGGCAGGACUGGAGGAGAGUUCUCCUGGACUCGUGGAGUCUGUCUGAGGCGUCUGUGCUCUGCAGACAGCUGGGCUGUGGCUCUGUGCUGAACUACCGCUCCUCUCCAUCCACCACUGAACACAAACACAUGUGUGUAACGGGUUUCAGCUGCUUUGGGAGUGAAGCUCAUCUGGGGAACUGCAGCAGUGCACAACCUGUCAACUGCAGCUCUGGGGAACAGCUGUACAUCACCUGCUCAGGUAUCUUGAACCGUGCCAUCAGCUCCAUCAGGCUGGUUGGUUCUGGGGGAGACUGUGCAGGAAGACUGGAGGUUUUCCACAGUGGCUCAUGGGGGACAGUGUGUGAUGACUCGUGGGAUAUUGAGGAUGCGCAGGUGGUGUGCAGACAGCUGCAGUGUGGAGUGGCCCUCAGUACCCACAUACCAGCCUGGUUUGGUCCUGGAACUGGGUCCAUAUGGCUGAAUGAGGUGGAGUGUGAGGGGAACGAGACGUCCCUGUGGAACUGCAGAUCUCAGCUGUGUGAAGAGGGGGAAUGUGGACACCAGGAGGACGUAGGAGUCGUCUGCUCAGACCCUGUGAGGUUGGUGGAUGGUGGAAGUCACUGUGCUGGGAGAGUGGAGGUUCUUCAUGGUGAUCAGUGGGGAACAGUGUGUAAUAAUAGCUGGGAUAUGAGAGACGCUGCAGUGGUGUGUAGAGAGCUGCAGUGUGGGGAGCCUGUAGACAUGCAGUAUCUCACACACUUUGGACCAGGUUCAGGACCAAUCUGGAUGGAUGAUGUGGGCUGUAAUGGAUCAGAGUCGACACUGAAGAACUGUAGCUCAGCAGACUGGGGGAGAAAUGACUGUGAUCAUAGUGGUGAUGCUGGAGUCACCUGCGCAGACAGUGUGAGGUUGGUGAAUGGUGGAAGUCACUGUGCUGGAAGAGUGGAGGUUCUUCAGGGGGAACAGUGGGGAACAGUGUGUGAUGAUGACUGGGAUAAGACCGAUGCUGCAGUGGUGUGUAGAGAGCUGCGCUGUGGGGAGGCUGUAGAUGUGCAGCAGUUUGGACCAGGAUAAGGACCAAUUUGGAUGGAUGAUGUGGGCUGUAGAGGAUCAGAGUCGACACUGAAGAGCUGUAGGUCACGAGGGUGGGGAGUGAGUGACUGUGGUCAUAAUGAAGAUGCUGGAGUCACCUGCUCAGACCCUGUGAGGUUGGUGGAUGGUGGACGUCGCUGUGCUGGGAGAGUGGAGGUUCUUUAUGGUGAUCAGUGGGGAACAGUGUGUAAUAAUAGCUGGGAUAUGAGAGAAGCUGCAGUGGUGUGUAGAGAGCUGCAGUGUGGGGAGCCUGUAGAUGUGCAGUAUCUCACACACUUUGGACCAGGUUCAGGACCAAUCUGGAUGGAUGAUGUGGGCUGUAAUGGAUCAGAGUCGACACUGAAGAACUGUAGCUCAGCAGACUGGGGGAGAAAUGACUGUGAUCAUAGUGGUGAUGCUGGAGUCACCUGUGCAGACAGUGUGAGGUUGGUGAAUGGUGGAAGUCGCUGUGCUGGGAGAGUGGAGGUUCUUCAUGAGGAACAGUGGGGAACAGUGUGUGGUAUUGGCUGGGAUAUGGACGAUGCUGCAGUGGUGUGUAGAGAGCUGCGCUGUGGGGAGGCUGUAAAUGCACCUGUCAGUGCUCACUUUGGAGAAGGAUCAGGACCAAUCUGGAUGUAUAAUGUGGGCUGUAGUGGAUCAGAGUCGACACUGAAGAACUGUGAGUCAGAUGGUAGAGGGGAUGACUGUGGUCAUAGUGGUGAUGCUGGAGUCACCUGCUCAGGUAAAAAUGUGAGACUCAGUGCUGGUCCUCACCGGUGCUCUGGGAGAGUGGAGGUCAUUCUGGGAGGUUCCUGGUCCACAGUGUGUGAUGCUGACUUUGACCAGCAGGAUGCAGAGGUUGUGUGUCGAGAGCUGGGCUGUGGGAUUCCUGUGAAGGUGCUGGGAUCAGCUGCUUUUGGCCGAGGGGAGGGUCAGGUGUGGACAGAGGAGCUUCAGUGUAGAGGAAAUGAAUCUGAGAUUUACUUCUGUCCAACAUCUUCAAUCAAACACUCACACUGCUCCCAUGACAACGAUGUGGGAUUAAUAUGUUCUGGUCACACAGAGGCGCGGCUGGUGAACGGACCGGACUCCUGUUCUGGUCGAGUGGAGCUCCAGUACCUUAGUGACUGGGGCACAGUUUGUGCUGUAACCUGGAAUAUGAGAGCUGCAGAUGUUCUCUGUGCACAGCUGGAUUGUGGAAGCACUGUGGCUGUGGUGGGGGUGGACUGGUUUGGGGAGGGGAGUGGCCACAUCUCGGCUGAUGUGUUUGAUUGUCAGAGAAUUGAGACACACCUAUCACAAUGUGACAUCUCAUCAUGGAGUCGAGCUGCAUGCUCUCAUAAACACGAUGCUGGAGUCAUCUGUAAUGGAUCAUCCAUGGCGUUUCAUGAGGGGCGAGUGCGGUUGUAUGGAGGGAGCGAGUGUCAGGGGGAGGUGGAGAUUUAUUUCAGGCAGGACUGGAGGAGAGUUCUCCUGGACUCGUGGAGUCUGUCUGAGGCGUCUGUCCUCUGCAGACAGCUGGGCUGUGGCUCUGUGGUAAACUACCGCUCCUCUCCAUCCACCACUAAACACAAACACAUGUGUGUAACGGGUUUCAGCUGCUCUGGGAGUGAAGCUCAUCUGGGAAACUGCAGCAGUGCACAACCUGUCAACUGCAGCUCUGGGAAACAGCUGUACAUCACCUGCUCAGGUAUCUUGAACCAUGCCAACAGCUACAUCAGGCUGGUUGGUUCUGGGGGAGACUGUGCAGGAAGACUGGAGGUUUUCCACAGUGGCUCGUGGGGGACAGUGUGUGAUGACUCGUGGGAUAUUAAGGAUGCGCAGGUGGUGUGCAGACAGCUGCAGUGUGGAGUGGCCCUCAGUACCCACAUACCAGUCUGGUUUGGUCCUGGGACUGGGUCCAUAUGGCUGAAUGAGGUGGAGUGUGAGGGGAACGAGACGUCCCUGUGGAACUGCAGAUCUCAGCUGUGUGAAGAGGGGGAAUGUGGACACCAGGAGGACGUAGGAGUCGUGUGUUCUGAGUUUAAAGAGAUGCGACUCACAGAGGGCUGUAAGGGGAAUCUGGAAGUGUUCUACAAUGGAACCUGGGGUAAUGUGUGUCACAAUCAGAUGGAUGAUGAGACAGUAAACAUGGUGUGUCGAGAGCUGAACUGUGGAAGACGUGGCAGUGUGUCACCCACUGAAGCAAGAGUCAAAUUUGCUCCUAACUGGCUGGAUAAACUGACGUGUAGGAAACACGACUCUAAUCUGUGGCAGUGUCCAUCUUCACCCUGGGGACAGAACAGAUGUGAUAAUCGUGAUGAAGUGGCUCAUAUUACCUGCACAGGUGGGUGGAAUGAUAAAACGUCUCUACAUACACAAGAAAAGUGCUCUUCACUUCCCUCUCAGAAACACUGCGCAAAGCACUGGUCUCUCAGGCUGAGUGGAGGAAAGGGAAGCUGCUCUGGGAGGUUGGAGGUGUAUCAUAACGCUAUGUGGGGCUACGUUUGUGAUGAUCAGUGGAACAUCAGGAACGCUCAGGUGGUGUGCAGACAGCUGGGCUGUGGCUCGGCGCUGAGUGCUGAUAGGAAUGAUAGCUUUGGUCCUGGUGAAGGGACUAUCUGGCUGAACAGAGUGAAGUGUCGAGGGGAUGAGAUUCACCUGUGGGACUGUCAUCAUUCCCUGAAGAAACACACUGACUGCUCUCAUGCUGUAGUCACCUGUGCAGACAUAUCCACAGUGUCCACUACUACACCCACCACCACCACCACCACCACUGCAACCACCACCACCACAUCAGGAAGAGGCGCUCCAAAUACCCCACCCACCCCUCCACUGGUUCUCUUUGUGUUGGGAACGCUGCUCUUCCUGGCCUUAGUGCUUCUGGUGGUACUGUUUUACCAGAACAGAGUGCUCAGGAGAGUUGUCUCUAAGACGAGGCGUAAGACUCAGCCUGAGGCAGUCUAUGAGGAGAUCAACCACAGAUACAUCACUAGAAGAAUCACGAGCUCCACUCAAAGAGGAAGUCUCCUCUCUGAAGAACAGCAUUCUGGGUAUGAGCAUGUGGAUGAUGAGCUUCUCUCAGUAAAGUCUGGGAUUGGAGAAAAGGCUGAGUAUUAUGAUGAUGUCAUCGACACCAGUGACUUCAUAAGUGAUACAGGAAGAGUUGAGCCACCAGAGGACUACGAUGAUGCCGUCACUGCUGGACCCAUCGCUGAUAACGUGGAGGAGGAUGAAGCUGAGAAUUAUGAUGAGGCCAUUACAGCUGAUCAGAAGUCAGUUAUACUGACAGAGGACGUGUCCGAGAACUAUGAUGAUGCAGUUACGGCUGAAACAAACACAAACAUCACCACAGUAAAGCUCCAGCAGGCGACUUCAUCAGCUCUCACCUCCAUAUCUCAGUGGUUAUAGUGGAGUCUCUGGC